CCUCGUUAUUUUGGGUCUGUCUUCUCGUCUUUCUUCUCUCUCCGCGCCCGAGUUGGCAAUGUCCGGCCGAGGCAAACAGGGCGGUAAGGCGCGCGCCAAGGCCAAGUCGCGCUCUUCUCGCGCGGGGUUGCAGUUCCCCGUAGGCCGCGUGCACCGGCUGCUCCGCAAAGGGAACUACUCCGAGCGGGUCGGGGCCGGCGCGCCGGUGUACCUGGCGGCGGUGCUGGAGUACCUGACUGCUGAAAUCUUGGAGCUGGCGGGCAACGCGGCUCGCGACAACAAGAAGACGCGUAUCAUCCCGCGCCACCUGCAGCUGGCCAUCCGCAACGACGAGGAGCUCAACAAGCUGCUGGGCCGCGUGACCAUCGCGCAGGGCGGCGUCCUGCCCAACAUCCAGGCCGUGCUGCUGCCCAAGAAGACGGAGAGCCACCACAAGGCCAAGGGCAAGUGAGGCUGCGGAGGCGGGCCGGCAACGGCCGUGUGCCCCGGGGGCCCUGUGACACCAAAGGCUCUUUUCAGAGCCACCCACGGUUUCAAGAAAAGAGCCACACUGACCACGCAGCUUUGUCUUACCAAGGCUGCGUCCUCCCGGGCGCACGGAGAGCCGGGCCCGAGGCACAAUCCGGGAGCGGGUAUGCGCACCGUGGCCUCCCGUGUUCGUUUGCCGCAGGGAAUGCUACCGGACACGUAGCCGCCCUUUGCGUUUGAAUCUCACUCCUAAACUGCGCCUGGGGUCUUAAGUUAACUCGCUCACCGUGAAGGUAUCUGUAGUUAUCGGUGACCAGUUGCCUUGCACUCUGCAACGUGUCGUUCGGUCACAUUUAGACACCCAAGUACAGGCUGUCUGCUUAUCCCAGGCCUGGAUAACAGGGCAGAUUCACCUGCCUUUGAAAAUAAGUCUAGUUGUUAGAAUGCGCUAUUUGCGGUUCUUAUGGGUAACCCUUAAAGAUUUACAUUCUAGAACGUAUGGGUGCUUGAGGGAGUGGAUAUUGCAAAGUUUUAGGAAACAUGAGGUCGUUGGGAAUUACGAUCUGGAGAUUGAAGUCUUGUAAAGAGUCUGUUCUAGAGGCGUUUACAACAUUCAGAAAGAAAAUUGUAUUUUUAAACGAAGUGUAAACUUUUUAAAGAAAAUCUUACUGUAAGUAGAAUGACCAAAAGGAUUUAAAUUGUUCAGUCUGGGUUGGUCAAACAUUAAUUCGAGUCCCUUAACCUGAUAACUAAAGUUAGAGAAUAAAAUAAUUUGUACAUUGAGUUUGGUCAGGAAGACCAGGUUGUUAGGAUUAGAUUAUGUAAUAUAUGAGUGGAUAUUUCAGAAGAUGACUGUUUACACGAGCUCCUCACUCUGUAAUAAAGGGGAGUUGGACAUUC